UACCCAAGAGCGCGUGGCGUGGGCGGUUCAACGCUUCAUAACGCCCUCAUCAACUUUAUCGCCAAUACCAAAAGUGACUUCGACAACCUAGCCGCUAUGUUCAACGCUCCUACCUGGUCGUACGAAUCGAUGCGGCAAUACUUCACCCUCAUCGAGCGAAACCUA